AUGCAGGUUGCAGCUGGGGCACUGAGCCCCCUCCUGCGUAAGCUCGGCGACCUCCUCAUGGCCGAAUUCACUCUCAGCAACCGCAUGAAGAAGAGCGUCAAGUCCCUCCGGACAGAGCUGGAGAUGAUGUACGUCUUCCUCCACAAGGUCGGCGACGUGCCGGUGGAGCAGCUGGACCCACAAGUCCGAAUAUGGGCGGACAAGGUCCGGGAGCUCUCCUACAACAUGGAGGACGCUGUGGAUGCGUACAUGGUCCACCUGUACGACGGCGGCCAUGGUGAACUCAGCCGCAACAGCAUGAAGAACAGAGUCAAUAAGUUCGUCAAGCAGACCAAGAAGCUGUUCAGCAAGGGCAUGGCUCUCCAUCAGAUCCAUGGCGCCGUCCGAGAUGCGCAGGAGCUCGCCAAGGAGCUUGGCGAGCUCCGUCAAAGGUACGCGCUUGAGGCCUGCGCCAAUGGUGCCCGUAAUAUCGUUGAUCCUCGCAUGAAGGCUGUGUACAAAGAUAUCACAGAGCUCGUGGGCAUCGAGGAGACACGGGAUGAGCUGAUUGAGAAGCUAUUUGAUGGAGAUGGGAUGUCAAGGCAGCAACUCAAGACGUUGUCUAUUGUUGGAUUUGGAGGAUUGGGCAAGACAACGCUUAGCAAAGCAGUGUAUGACAAGAUCAUAGUGCAGUUUGACUAUGGAGUGUUUAUUUCAGUGUCUCGGAAUCCGAUUAUAACAGAGAUUUUCAAGAAGAUGUUGUACGGACUUGAUAGGGCUACGUUUGCACACAUCAAUGAGGCUGUUAGGGACAAUCAACAACUCAUCGACGAGAUGAGAGCAUUUCUUAAUGAUAAGAGGUACUUAAUCGUGAUUGACGAUAUAUGGAGUGAAGAUGCAUGGGAAAUUAUCAAGUGUGUUUUCCCUAAGAGCAAUCUCGGUAGUCGAGUAAUAACGACAACCCGCAUAAGCAGUGUUUCUAAAGCAUGUUGCCCAUCUGGUAGUGAUAUUAUUCAUAAUAUGAAACCCCUUGAUGAUGAUGACUCCAAAAGACUCUUCAACAAAAGAAUAUUCUCCCAGGGAAGUGAUUGUCCCGAUGAAUUGGAGCAAGUAUCUACAGAAAUUUUGAGGAAAUGUGGUGGAGUGCCACUAGCCAUCAUUACUAUUGCCAGUCUUUUAGCCAGUAAUGAUCAGCAUAUAAAGCCAAAGUAUCAAUGGGACAAGAUACUCAGUUCUAUUGGCCGUGGGCUUGCAGAAGGUGGUACUUCAAAGGAUAUGCAGAGAAUACUAUCAUUUAGUUAUUACAAUCUACCUUCCCAUCUAAAGACUUGUUUUUUAUAUCUCGGUGUAUUCCCAGAAGAUCAUGACAUAAGAAGAGACCGGUUGAUAUGGAGGUGGAUAGCUGAAGGCUUUAUCCAAGCCGGAGAAGAAGAAAUUAGACUAUUUGAGCUCGGAGAGAGAUAUUUCAGUGAGUUGAUAAACAGAAACUUGAUUCAACCAAUAUAUGUUGAUGUUGAAUAUAGGUCGGAAGAAGGUUGUGAUCUUAGGGAAAGUAGUCACAUAUGUGUUGAGAAUUUAUUACAUCUGAGGUACCUAGGAUUACUCGAUACAUAUGUUGGUGUUCUCCCCAUGAAAGUUGGAAAGCUGCAUUUUUUACAAACAUUGGACUUAAGAAUACAUGGAGUUGACGAGGUGCCAUCAGGUGUUGCUCGGUUAGGACAUUUGAUGUGCCUAUAUGUUUAUACAAAUAUUGCAUUGCCAGUUGGGAUAGGGAACUUGGUGUCCUUAGAACAGCUGAAUACAGUGUGUGUGGGCGGUACUGAUGCCAUUGAGAAGGAGCUUGGGAAGCUGAUGGAGCUAAGGGUGCUGGGACUUUUCUGGAAGUGA